CCGGUUGACUACAAACAUCAACAAAACAAACUAAACACUAAAGGAAGGCAAGGUGUGCAGAAUGGAAUGACCUGGAUUUGUUAGCUUAUGUUGUUGGGAGAAGUUGCGUGAGCAAAAACCAAAUUCAAAAUGACUUCUGUAGAAUUUACUUCUGAAGAUAUUGACCUUUGUGAGAAGUUUAUUCAAGAAAUUUUGAGGACAAUAGACCAAAAUGGAUCUUGUCAAUUAAAAUCAUUUUGUUUUUGCAUGACAUAUGCUGAAUUGGAAGGGGAAGUACUGGAUGUUUUGAGCAGAUUCCUCCAUGAACAAAAUUGUCCACAAAUUUUUAUAUCAACGCUGUUGUAUAUGGUUUCAUCGCGAUUUCUGCAAACAGAUUUAAAAUCGUUUUUACUAGUGCGACAGGAAAAUGAUAUAAAGGAAUAUGAUGGUGCCAAUGUCACAAAGGCACUGGCAGAGACUUUCAGAGAAGUCUGUGAAGAAAUUAAAACAAAAUUGUCGUCACUAAAACUGCAGAAAAACAAACAGUGUUGCCAUGUUAGCAUACAUUCAAUUAAAAACAGAAGGCGUAAAAUGGAAGAUAGGCAUAUAUGUUAUGAAGACCUUAAUGGACUUCUCAAAACGACACAGUUCACAUGUUGCCAGUCAUUAUUUGCAGUAUUUGAUGGUCAUGGUGGCACAGAUGCUGCAAAUUAUGCAGCUUCACAGUUUGUCUGUAAACUUAAAGCAACAGAAAAUUUAACAGCAGAUCCUGCAAAUGCCAUCAAGGAAGCCAUUUUGAAAACAGAUUCGGAUUUCAUGCUAAAAGCAAAGCGUGAAAGGCUGAGAAGUGGCACAACUGCAGUAUUGGUGCUUAUCCAGGACAAAAAAUUGAUAGUUUCAUGGUUGGGCGAUUCACAAGUGGUGUUAUGUAAAGCUGGACAAGCUAUUCAAUUGAUGGAAGCGCACAAACCUGACCGACAGGAUGAACGAGAGAGAAUUGAAGCGCUUGGUGGUUGUGUGGUAUUUUUCGGUGGAUGGAGGGUGAACGGUUCACUGUCUGUAUCAAGAGCUAUCGGUGACUAUGAACAACGCCCAUUUAUUACCAGUGAGCCGGAUGUGGAAGAAUAUGAAAUGGAAGGCGAUGAAGAAUUUCUGAUAUUGGCUUGCGAUGGACUAUGGGAUACGGUGGAACCGUUAAAAGCCGUUCAAAAGGUGCAGCAAUGUAUUAAAGAUGGUACCCGCGACCAGGCAGCAGAAAUACUUUCAGACUUAGCUAAAAAGAAAGGCUCUAUGGAUAACAUCACUAUUAUGGUGGUCUACUUAGAUUUUAAUGGAUCCACGCUUGUACCAGAGGAAACAGUUGAACUAGCAUCACAACAAACGACAACCAAAGGAGAAGAACUAGACGAAAAAAACAUUGUGGCUAAUAAUAAAGAUUCUACCCUUAAUGCUGAUAUCAACACUCUGGAUGAUAAAUUAAAAGAAAACGCUACUAUCUCUGACAAAAACCAAACGACUUAAAUGUGAAGCAUUACGGUUGCAGAGGUAUGGGACGCCGUAAGAUAAGUUACUCUGUGGAAGCGCGUUGUGGUGCAUGACGAAGCAGUAGAAAGACCGUUUUAUGCAAAACUAGGAGCUGCGUCCAGUUCCAAAAGCUCACUGGACGUGAGUAAUUUAAAUACAUGUUGGAAAUUCCAACGUCCCGUUUUCCUGGCUAUGGUACAAAGUUUCUUAGAUGUUUCUGCUUGUUUCUUACUCGUAUAUUUUGUUUUGUUUUUGUCUCUUAACGACAAAUGGUGUGCCAACAAUAGCCAUGCGAAUACCUGUAGUUUUAUUUAGAAUUUUUUUGUGUGCGCGACACUUUAUUGUUUGUUUAUCCUGAAAUGUUAUAUUUUUAUUAUCGGUCUCUGAGCUUAUUCUUAAAUCCUCGCUACCCUAAUGAGAUCCUUCCUUUUGCCUCAUUUGCCCAACCACUGUCAAUUAUAUUUCUUUGUGUCCACAAAAAUCUCUCAAUAAAGUUGGUUAACGCAAACUUACUUGUUUGUUAUGAAAGAAACCUUAGAUUACAAAAUUUCGCAUUAUUUUGCUCGAUAUCUGCCAUUUUUACCACGAAAGCAACUCUAUAUCUUUAUUUAGGUUGUAUUUAUUUCUAUUUAUUGUACAAUACUAGUGAUACAAAUUAGUAACUCUUUCUGACAAUUUCAGGAAAUCAAAAUCCCGGGUAAUGUAAAGCAGUAGGCGGGUAAAAAUCAGGUUUGGUGAAAUAAAGAAGGUAGAGUUUGAGCAUUUCUUAAAGUAGGAACUGUCUUAUCUCCCCGCCCUCGGACCCUUACACCCCCCUCGGCCCCCACUUGCAGUCAAGUACUCGGAGUAUCCUGCAAGUCCUUUAAAGUGUUCACUUAUGUGUUUCUCCACGAGCUGUGGUUCCCAGUCCGUGAAGACACAGGACUUACCUCAACACGAGGGAAAUAAGUUUUUAAGAAUUUUUUACUAGGUUUUACUUGACGCCAUUUGUAAUUAUACUGUUUAAGUGUUGUACAAAAGUAUAUUUUGUAAGAACUACGCAUUGUAUAUGUAAAAGAUGCUUAUAUGAAAAAAAAAUAAUGUUGACAUAUA